AUGGUUUGGUGCCUCUCACCGCUCAGCGUUGACAAUACAAUUCAAUUGCUGACUACUGUAUACGUGCGCUUCCUCUUCGGCGAGCAAGGCGUUGUCGCCGAAAUCGUCUACGCGGAGCGGAGCGGCGUAGGCGGCAGAGAGGCCACCGGCGUGUGGACCCGGGACAGCCGCCUGCACCCCACCAAGCUGAUCGUAGUCGCCGCGGGCGUGGUGGCCGGGCGCCUGGUGCCGGAGCUCGACACGCAGGUGGUGACCAAGUCGUGGUCCGUCGGCACGGCCGACAUGAAAUAG